GCUGACGUCACGCUCACACGCGUUGUUUUCUUCCGAACCCGUGCGCUUCAGACUUUCAGCUUGAUAUCUCAUACUGUCAUUAAAACUCAACAGACCUUAGCUUAUUUUUUUUUUAAACAGUAACAAGCGUUUCGUUUACGUUUCAUAUGUACACAUGUAAACAGGUGUUAGGUCGCUAAUAUUAUUAAAAACACUAGAUAGAGCCGCAGCUAAUGCUAAUGAUGGCGAUGGGUAUUUAUUGAAUUCCUGUUUCAUUUUGUCAGGCCUCUUUAAACCGACACCGCCGACAAGAUUCAAGCCUUUAGUUUGUGUUUUGGCAGACGAGAAUGAACUGGAUUUUCCCCCUGUCCAAGGGCUCCGGAUCGAUCCCUCCUCUGAACAGUUUACAGAAACAAAGACAGAGACAGAUCGACUCGCUCAAAGCUGCUCACUCCAAUCUUGCUGAAAUUCAGAAGGAUGUGGAGUACAGACUUCCUUUUACUGUCAACAACUCAACGAUUACUCUUAAUAUUUUGCUCCCACCACAGUUCCCUCAAGAGAAACCAGUGGUCAGCUUGUUCCCACCAGUAGGUCAUCAUUUAGUAGAUGGUAAUAAUGGGACAGUGGUUACCAGCCCACUCAUAACUAAUUUUGGAAUGCAUUCAGAUUUAGGAAAAGUAAUUCAGAGUUUGCUAGAUGAGUUCUGGAAAAGUCCUCCUGCCUUGAUGUCAGGUCCCACCUUUCCUUUUAUGUACAAAACACCGGGAAUGCCUCCUUAUCCAGCUCAGAGCUUCCAUUUUGUUCCUGCCUUCCCACCACAGGAUGGACAGCGGCCUAUCGGGCCUGCCCCUGUGUUGCAUGCAGGGGUGGAGCCUCAGCAAGCCCCUCUCCGACCAGUGGCACCAGCUUAUGGACUCAUCACAGACCUUCCUCUUCCUGUACCAACCGCUGAUUCCCAGUCAGGUCUGAAUGGACACAUAUACAGGAUGCCUGAAAUACCAGAGUCCUUUCCAGAACUCUCUGGGAUUAGUGUUUCCCAGCUGAAAGACAUGAACGAUCAAGAUGAUGUGUUGUUGGAGUUCUUCAUGUGUCUGCCUCAGCUAAAACAAGUGACCUCUGACAAAGAGGAGCUGGUUAACAACAUUGUAGAGAUAGCCAAGAAGAACCUACAGCUCGAGCCUCAACUGGAGGGCAAGAGACAAGAGAUGCUGUGUAAAUAUGAACAGCUAACCCAGAUGAAGUCAGUAUUUGAAACCAAGAUGCAGAGACAACAUGAACUCAGUGAGAGCUGCAGUCUGAGUGCACUACAAGCCAGAUUAAAGGUAGCAGCUCAUCAGGCUGAAGAAGAGUCUGAGGUGACAGCAGAUCAUUUUCUGGAAGGAAAGACAGAGAUUGAUGACUUCUUAGCCAGCUUCAUGGAAAAGAGAACGCUUUGCCAUUGCAGAAGAGCCAAAGAGGAGAAGCUUCAGCAAUGCAUGAACACACAUGGACAGUUCCCCACCACACAUUAGAAUGAAUGUCCUGGUGCUCUUUCCUUUGAGGAAGGUUUGGGAUCAAUCUACCAGCAGACCAGUGGGCUUUUGAGACAGGAAGCACAUAUUGUGGUCUAUAGCCUUGAUUGGGCAAACCUAGAUUCUUCAAUGAAAAAAAGAUUCUUCUUUUUCAAAUCAAAGACUUUUGCACAUGAUUCCAAAAGUGUUAAGCUCACACUGGUUGAGUUGGUCAGAUAGAAGUAGUCUGGAUAUGGCCAGUCUGGCUCUGACCCAAAUGCUGUAAUCAGAGGAGAGCAAAUGGUGUUUAAUAGGUGUCAGAGACAGGCUGAGUUCAAAGCUUAUUAGUUCAGUUGAUGAUGUGACAAAUGGGGUUGGGCCUUAUAUGCACUUGAUUUUGAACAAUGUUAAUGCUGCCGGAAAUGUAACUAUGACACAGACAUACUGUAUUUAAUAAUGUUGAUAAAAGGCUUUAUUAUAAUUAGACAUUGUAUUAUGUUUAUUUAAUUUGAUAGGUUAAUAAAACAUUUAGAAUAAUCCCG